CCGGGGCCAGCCACGGCCUCGCCAAGCUUCGGAAUCAGCCGUAUAUAGGGCGUUCCUCCCCGCUGUUGCCGCCGAUUCCCUGUUCGUUUCUGUCCGGCCUGUCGUCUCCACCACCACCACCACCACCACCACCACUCGCCAUGCCGCUCCCGUCCCUGCCGCGAAAAGCCAGCUCGGCCCAGAUCUCGUCCUCGCUCGCCAGCAGAUCCCUCUCUCUGAUGGGCCGUGCCUCGUCGCAGCAAAACGAUGCUCCAGCGGUCAUCCAGGAAUGCCCCAGCGACCCCGAGCCCGUCCAGAAGCCACUCUUUCCCGGGCUGAAGAUCAAGUUCAGCCUGCAGAAGCUCAAGACCAAAUUUGACCCCGCCCCAUCAAAGCCGCUCUUGGCCCCGCAUCUCUACGCCAACGUCCACUGCGAGACCGAUCCCCAGGAGCUCGACUGGGAGUUUUAUAGCCCGCGCUGGAGUGGCGAGCUCGGAUAUGUUCUCGGCGAAUCUGUCGACUCGGGCGCCUUUGCUGUCGUUCACCGUGGCCGAAAGGUCAGCGACCCCACCAAGCCCCUGGCCGUCAAGGUCUUCAAGCAUGGCAAGUCACCAAAGGUCAAGCGCGAGAUCAUGGUGCUCCACAAGCUGCGAGGAGCCAAAAACAUUGUCCCGCUGCUGGACCAGUUCUACUCGACUCAGGACGGCGUCCCCGAGCCGGCGCUCGUCUUUCCCUUUCUCGCCUCCACUCCGUGGGACCAGUGCGACCGCCUCAUGACCUACGCUGACUUUCAGCACUACAUGUAUCAGCUGCUCGUCGCCAUUGACGAGUCGCACUCUCGCGGCAUCAUGCACCGCGACAUCAAGCCACAAAACAUCCUCUACAACCACGCCACAGGCCAGCUGACCCUCAUCGACUGGGGCCUCGGCGAGUUCUAUCUGCCCGGCCACGACUACUCGCCGUACGUUGCCUCGCAGUACUUCAAGGCCCCAGAGCUGCUGCUUGGCUACCACUACUACGACUACGGCGUCGACAUGUGGGCCGUGGGCUGCUGCAUGGCCUCAUUCAUGCUGCGAACGCCGUUUGUCUUUGUCUCGAAGGAUCCCCGCUACCAACUGCAGUCCAUCAUCCAAGUCUUCGGCUACGGCCGCUCCUUCAAGCGUCUGCAGGCCCACGUCGGCAUGCCCUCGCACCGCAUGAAGGGCUACUUCUCCGACCCCGUCGAGUCCUUGUCCCGCAAGGAAUGGAAGUCCUUUGUGGACAGCGACAGCCAGGAUCGAAUGACUCCGGAGGCGCUCCAGCUGCUGGACGGGCUGCUGUGUCUGGAUCCCAAGGCUCGUCUGACUUCGUAUCAGGCACUGGCCCAUCCUUUCUUUGAUUCCUACAAGCAGCGUCUUGCUUGAACGCGGAGCAUGUCAAGCCUCUGAACCCGCACGCUGCGGCUCGGCGGGAGACUCGCUUUUGCCGCGACCUUUUUCGCAAGCCCAGCCAACACAUUGUCGGUGCCGUCGCUGCCCUGCAACACCCGCCAUCAUCUCCAGAGCAUCCGUGCUCGGACGUCUCCCAUCUGCAGUUCCCAUUCUCCAUCUGUUUUGUCUCUCCUAAUGAUCUGCCAUUCUUCAUCCGCGGCAUACCCUUCCACGCACCCUGCAAUCUUGCCCUCCUCCCUGCAAUUGUCCCAGUCUGUAUAGUAUCUGCUUUGCAAAACCUCGCUCCAGUCUCAUCUCAUUGUACCCAUACCGAAAAAAAAUACACAUAACCGGGCACUGCCCUCAAACCAUA